UGGUGGCAGCAUUGGGCUCAAAAGUAGUGCAGUAAACAAAAAUGGCGGACCCUUUGAGUUUGCUUCGCCAAUAUAAUGUGAAUAAAAAAGAAAUAAUCGAACGCGAAGGCCAGAUAAUAUUCGGGGAAUUUUCCUGGCCGAAAAAUGUGAAAACCAAUUAUUUAAUGUGGGGUUCUGGCAAAGACGGAACCCCUAAGGAAUACUACACGUUGGAAUGUUUGUUGUUUAUUUUGAAAAAUGUAUCACUGACUCAUCCUGUAUAUGUGCGACAAGCCGCUGCUGAGAAUAUACCAGUAGUGAGAAGACCUGACAGAAAGGAACUCUUGGCUUAUCUAAAUGGCGAAACGGCGAGUUGUCCUGCGAUUGAUAAAAGUGCUCCUCUUGAAAUACCCACACAGGUCAAAAGAUCUGCUGACUAUGAAGGGCCUGAAAGUAUUGCAAAAAAGCCCCGGUUUGAGGACUUGCAUGUGCAAAAAGUUAGGGAGAAGUUGGCCGCCCGACUCGAUGCCCCUAAAGAGGCUUCAGUCACUGUUGAUAAUAUCAAAUCAUUGUCUGAAGCCAUGUCUGUGGAAAAAAUUGCAGCGAUUAAAGCCAAGCGUUUGGCAAAGAAACGAACCACAAUUAAAGGCAAUGAUGAUAUAGGGCAAGAGUACGACAUUCGGGCUAUUCUUGACUUGGAUGUGGACUUGACCAAAGACAUUAUCAGUCGUGAGAGACAGUGGAGGACCAGAACUACAAUUCUGCAAUCUAAUGGCAAGACCUUUGCCAAGAACAUUUUGGCAAUGUUGCACAGUAUAAAAGCCCGCGAGGAGGGCCGUCAGCGCCCCCCACAACAAGCCCCCAUCGUCACCCCCCGCCAAACCCCCGUCAGACCCACCACACAACCCGCAGUCUACAACCGUUACGAUCAGGAACGUUUCAACCGACAAAAAGAAGAGACUGAAGGCUUCAAAAUCGAUACCAUGGGCACAUACCACGGCAUGACCCUUAAAUCAGUAACUGAAGGUCCCGUCAAAGCCCGCCCUCAACCCAUCCAACCCCAAACACCCCUUCCUGUAAGCGCAGCGCGACCGCCUUCCGGAGGCCUCACCAAAAGAGUCUCCCGAACACCAAUUAUCAUAAUACCAGCUGGGACAAACAGUCUUAUUUCGAUGUACAACGCUAAAGAAAUUCUACAAGAUUUGAAAUUCGUUUCGGUGGAGCAGAAGAAAAACGAGGGGGCGAAACGAGAUAAUGAAGUUCUGGUUCAGAGACAGAGAAAUGGACAAACUGUGCCCUAUCGAGUGGUGGAUAAUCCGGCAAAGUUGAGUCCGAGUGAUUGGGAUCGAGUUGUCGCUGUGUUUGUAAUGGGGCCUGCGUGGCAAUUCAAAGGAUAUCCAUGGGAGAAUCCAGUCGAGAUUUUUUCUAAAGUUGCUGCAUUUCAUAUUAAAUAUGAUGAGAUGAAAUUGGAUGCAAAUGUGGAGAGAUGGGCUGUGACUGUUAUUGAACUCUCGAGGACGAAAAGGCACUUGGAUAGAGCAGCAUUGAUGGUGUUUUGGGAGAAACUCGAUCGGCAUAUCAUGCAGUUUAAACCCCACUUACGCUUCUGAGUGUGUACAGUAUUGCGCCCUGUUGUUCCAAUGUGUAAUUUUAUCAAUUGAUCUUAAUCGAAAUUAGGUACUAUCUACACAAAAUCUAGUUCAUCUGCUGUAUUAUAAAAAAUUUAUACAAAUAAAUAAUAAAUAUUUUUUAGACUG